UCCUGCGGGGCGGCGUGGAGGGAGUGCCCACGGGCUAUAUAAAACCUGAGGAAGAGGACAAGCGGUCACUGCAGCGGACAGCUCCCAGUGAAGCCUGCUUCCCUCUCGCAGCGACCAGGGCCCCAGCCGGAGAACAGCAGGUGUAGCCACCCACCCAGAAACCAGACACCAUGUGCGACGAAGACGAGACCACUGCCCUCGUGUGCGACAAUGGCUCAGGUCUGGUGAAAGCUGGCUUUGCCGGUGAUGAUGCCCCCAGGGCUGUGUUCCCAUCUAUUGUGGGCCGGCCCCGCCACCAGGGUGUCAUGGUGGGUAUGGGUCAGAAGGACUCCUAUGUGGGCGACGAGGCCCAGAGCAAGAGGGGUAUCCUGACUCUGAAGUACCCCAUUGAGCACGGUAUCAUCACCAACUGGGACGACAUGGAGAAGAUCUGGCACCACACCUUCUACAACGAGCUGCGUGUGGCCCCCGAGGAGCACCCGACCCUGCUCACAGAGGCCCCCCUGAACCCCAAGGCCAACCGCGAGAAGAUGACCCAGAUCAUGUUCGAGACCUUCAACGUGCCCGCCAUGUAUGUGGCCAUCCAGGCGGUGCUGUCUCUCUACGCCUCCGGCCGUACCACCGGCAUCGUGCUGGACUCGGGCGACGGCGUCACCCACAACGUGCCCAUCUAUGAGGGUUAUGCCCUGCCGCACGCUAUCAUGCGCCUGGACCUGGCCGGCCGCGACCUCACCGACUACCUGAUGAAGAUCCUCACAGAGCGUGGCUACUCCUUCGUGACCACAGCCGAGCGCGAGAUCGUGCGCGACAUCAAGGAGAAGCUGUGCUACGUGGCCCUGGACUUCGAGAACGAGAUGGCCACCGCCGCCUCCUCCUCCUCCCUGGAGAAGAGCUACGAGCUGCCCGACGGGCAGGUCAUCACCAUCGGCAACGAGCGCUUCCGCUGCCCGGAGACGCUCUUCCAGCCCUCCUUCAUCGGCAUGGAGUCGGCGGGAAUCCAUGAGACCACCUACAACAGCAUCAUGAAGUGCGACAUCGACAUCAGGAAGGACCUGUACGCCAACAACGUCAUGUCGGGGGGCACCACCAUGUACCCUGGGAUCGCCGACCGCAUGCAGAAGGAGAUCACGGCGCUGGCCCCCAGCACCAUGAAGAUCAAGAUCAUCGCCCCUCCCGAGCGCAAGUACUCCGUGUGGAUCGGCGGCUCCAUCCUGGCCUCGCUGUCCACCUUCCAGCAGAUGUGGAUCACCAAGCAGGAGUACGACGAGGCGGGCCCCUCCAUCGUGCACCGCAAAUGCUUCUAGGCGCCCGCGCCCGCGUCCUCCCCUCAGGACCACAGGCGCGCUGGCGUGGCGGGCUGGCCUCGGCCGCCCGCGGCAGCGACCCCGGCGACAGCCCGGCGCCUCUUCACCACGUGUACAUACAUUAACUCGAUUUACCUCAUUUUGUUAUAUUUAAAACAAAGCCCUGUGGAGGGAAGUGGGAGCUUGAAGCAUUAAAGCCGGCCAUCUGUUUUGCUGCA